AUGCAGCGCGCACCACCCUACACCCUCGAAGGCGAAGGCGACCGCGUCCUCAGCAAGCGCAAACUCGACGAGCUCGUCCGCCAAGUCACGGGCGCCGCACCCUCCACCGACAACAGCGAGUCCACCUCCAUCCUCAUGCCCGACGUCGAAGAGUCCAUGAUGGAAGUGGCCGACAACUUCGUCGACGAAGUCAUCACCGCCGCGUGCAAACUCGCCAAACUCCGCGGCAGCCAGACGCUCGACCUCCGCGACAUUCAAAUGGUGUUGGAGCGCAACUAUGGCAUUCGUAUUCCCGGAUACAGUUUGGAUGAGGUGAGGACCGUGAGGAAGUUCCAGCCCGCGCCCGGUUGGCAGAGCAAGAUGCAGGCUGUUCAGGCUGGGAAGGUCAUGGGAAGUCGGGAUUCUUAG